GCUACGACGGUAGUACUGUCGGCUCCAUUGGUCCUUCUGUUUACAGCAAAGCUUCCAUUUGGACCGAUUCUUAGCUUAUUCUUAGCGAUUAUCCUUAUUCACAUUUCCUGAUGUCUCAAACAAACCACUCACCUCCAAAAACCCCGCGUCGUCCAAUAAUGGCUAUUGUAAAUGAAAAGCUCGCGGAGAAGUCGGCCGCCAGAGGUACUCCAAAUACACCGGCUCUCACACCUUCUUCUUCUAAACUGCCUCAAAAGAUUCGAGGUGUUAGUCCAGGCCUGCAAUUUACUCCUAGUAUUCAAGCUCCUACCACGCAAUCCCCAAUCUCAUCCCCGCUCAAGAGGUCACACGUGUUACAACAUCACAGCCACGCCGAUGAUAUUGGCGAAGAUGAUGUAGACAUGGCACCGCAAGUAGAACCAGAAGCCGGAUCAGAUGAAACAAUCAUCAGUCUAGAAACAACAGAUUCCAAGAGAGACAUUGCCCCAAAGAGCUGGAGUGAAUUUGAAGAACGCUACUCUGUGGCUAUCCAGGAAUUGAGCGACAACGAGGACCGUUUGAUCGAGGAGUUCCAGCAUCUUUCUGACGCUUUCGGUAUCUGGGCAGAAUCUGCGGCGGAACGAGACAAUGGAAGGGCAUGGAAACGUUUAAGGACAAGGGAAAGAUACGUACAGAUACAGGAACAGUCACUGGAAGACAAGAAACUGCAUUAUAUAAAAGUUGUCGAGGCAUUCAAGCAGGCUCUUCAACUAUUUGGGGAGUGACUACUCAUUUUGCUUUUCAUUUUUACAUGUUACAAUCAUAGGAUUGAUUUUAUAGAAGCCAUAUCUUUGCUUCAUUUGGCUGGGACAUAAGGCGCAAUGUGGGACUGGCUGUGAUGGAUAUUGCUUAGAUACCCUAUUUCUGUUUGCUCAUAUAUCGCAAUAAUAGCUAUCAUACAGAUCAUAAUCGUAAUUGCAGUUGCAAAAAUGGGCUUCGCUUCAGUCAAAUACGUUUCCUCUUCUGCAUAUCUCUUGGUACCAAAUUUGUAUGUUCGUCGUAGGAGGUCGACGUCCUUAAGCUUUAGAAAUGUGCCAUGCCCUUAAAAGGACCAAACCAUGCUCGCCCCCGUUGGAAGUUUCAAUGUUCUCUGAGUGAAGCCAUAUCAUAAAUUGGGGAAGUUUGAAAAUUCCUUUCUAUUCAGCACAACAAAAUGGUGGUGGCCGACCGCCCA